AUGGGAAGUCCUCUCUCGCCAAUCCUCGCAGACAUAGUACUAGACUCCGUUAUAGAAAGAGCCAUCAAUGAACUACCAUUCAGCAUUCCGUUCAUUAGAAAAUAUGUAGACGACUUGAUACUAGCCAUACCGGAAGAUGCCAGCGAAAUCGUUUUAAAUACAUUUAACCGACAAGAAACUCGAUUGCAGUUCACCCUGGAAGCUGAGGAACACCGACGAUUACCAUUCUUAGACUUGAUGAGAGCACGGAGAAAUAACCCAGAUCGCGAACACAUAGUAGCCAACCAGCCACCAACCAACCCGGCCGCCUAUACAGCACAACAGCACUCACGCAGCAUACAACAUAGCACCAAAAGUCACCAGAUCUCUCCUAGUCAACCAUCCAACCAAGCAUCAACCACAGCAGAAAUAGAAAACCAGCCAAAACAUCCACACAACGUACAACAUAGCAACAAAAAUCAUCAUAACAUUCCGAGUCAACCAUCCAACGCAAACCACCAAGCAGCUACCACAGAAGCAACAGCAAGUCAAUCGCCACCGCACCAAAAAACAACCAGCCAACCAGCACAGGACCAAGAAACACCCAGCCAGCCAACACCUCACCAAAAAUCUUCAAGACAGCCACCACCGCACCAAGAAACAGCCAUCCAACCAACACCUCACCAAAAAACACUAAUUCCGGAUUAUUCACACAUCACCAUUAGCAGCAGACAACACAACAAAAUCUCGCGAAUGCACACAAUAGUUAAAGACCCGAUACGAAAAGAAGAUCACAGCCAAAUAAUUUACAAGAUUCCUUGCAACGAUUGCAAUAAUUGCUACAUAGGAAUGACACAGAACAAAUUAUGCAUGCGAAUAUCAGGACACAAAUCGAAUGUAAACAAAAUGCAACAAAUUCUUAGCACAAACACUAAUACCAAACGAGAGCUUGAUGAGUUGAAGGAAAAGACGGCACUCAUCAAUCACUGCAUACUAUACAAACACAACUUCGACUUCAGUGGAACAGUGAUAGUAGACCAUAGCAACCGUACCCAUAUACUCCCAUUCCUAGAAAUGUGCCAUAUACACAACACACCCAACACAGUCAACAAACGAGUUGAUCUCGACGGACUCAACACAGCUUACGCAGCAGUUUUGUCAAGUAUCGCACCCAACACAAACACUUCAGCCAAUUAG